AUGUCGGCCAUCACCAUCACACCCAAAAGACUCGCUCAGGUGCAGGGGAGCAUUCGGAAACUUCUCGCCGACUUUCCUAAACCAAUUUCAACUGAGGAGGAUAAGCAAAGAUUCCUCUCAGUCUAUCAUCCGGAUGUUCAAUGGUCGGAUCAUGCCUUUCUGGUCACCCGGCCCUUUCGAGUCGACGAGAAGGCCAUCGUUCCUACACCAUCUGGUGCAGUCUUGGAACAGAUUUGGACUGGCCGUUGUGCCAACGAUAUCGUGCGCCCGAGCGGCGAGAUGGCCGUCAAAGCGACAGGCAAGCAGUAUGUCUGUCAUGUGUGUAUGAUAGUUGAGAUCGAUGAAGAUGGCCUAGUCACCAAGAUUGAUGAAUAUUACAACCGGCAAUGGGACGAUGGCGUUGCCCAAAAGGAUUAUGUCGUCAUCAAAGGUGCUAGUCUCAAAUCCGGUUGA